CUCUCGGUGUGUUUGUGCAUUUCAUGUGCAUUCGUGUUAUAACAGGAAUCUUGUCAAAUCAUUCUGCCAACAAAAAAUUAAUGUUUUGAAGUUAUUAUUGCAUGAUACAAAUGUUAAAAUGGAGAAAUGGUCAAAAUUAAAAAUUGGCACCGACCAAUACAUUGCCAAGCUCAAUCGAAAAGAUGCUGAUAAUUUGGGAUCGUGCACAUUGUGGUUAAGUGAUUUCAAAACAUUAUGGAGCGAAUCAUUCACCGAUAAAUUUGAUCUGAUCCAACGAUUAGCCGAUUCAAAUCCGGCAUUGAACAUUGACGACGAGAUUGGGGAAAAGUUGAUAAGUGAAAUUUUUGCGUUCGAAAGUGCCAAGAUCGAUGCAUACACCAACGAUGACGACGAAAUUCAUCUGCAGCAUUCGUUGACGGAUGAAAUGGGAUGUACAUUCCAAUGGUUGUUGAAAAAACGGGAUGCACAGGUAUUUUUCGAGCAGAUCACCAAGCCGUUGCUACAACAAAUUGGCGAAAUGGAAGACAAUGAAAAGGUAUUGAUUGAAAUAAUCAACAAAAAGGAUGCUGAAAUCAAUCAAUACAAAUUGGAAGGUGCACCGGAAUUGAAUCGAAAGAAAUACAUAACGGAAAAGUUCGACGAUACCAAAUACACGUCACCAUCAAAAGUGUUCAACUGUUCGAUUGAUAGUUUUGAAGGUAUGAUUUCACCAUUGUCAAAGAAAAUUGCGAAGCGUGAAGAAAGCAUUUCACCGCAGAAGCCAACAUUUGUACCGACCAAUUUGGUAGAAGCCCGAACGGGAAGAAAUCGAAUGCAAACACAGUAUCGACAACCAACUUCACUGGAUGUUGAAUACGAUGUGUCGGACGAUGAUGGGGAUCAAUCGAUACCCAUGGAAUCAAGUGACCUUAUUGCAAUGGAAACUGCUGCAGCUGUGCUAGAACCAGUGAAGCCAAGCCCAAAGAAAUCAACCUCAAACAAACGCAUUAAGCGCAUCAAAGACGUAUUAUGAAUUUUGUUUUAAGCAUUAACAAAGUUUUUGAAGAAAUAUUGAAAUUAAAUCCUUAUCACAUAAGGCAAUAAGAAAUAUGAA